ACCAUUUCCAAUGUAUGGAAAUAGAAUAUUUAUUACUGACUAACCAUUAUUAUAAAUAUGUGCUUUAUGUUUACCAAAUUUGUGAAGAACCAGAGAAUUCUUUAACUGGUCUUAAGUAUGAUCACUGUGGGGUUUUAUGACAAAUGGUUCCAAGCAGCAGUGUAUGCAUGGAAUGGGUAGGAAAUAAAUCUGUGGUCCACAGUGCAUUUUGUGGAAGAAAUUAAGAACACAACUGGCAAAUAUAAAUCUAUAUUUUAAAUAAAAGUGUGGAGAAAGGUUGUGGUUUUGUGGUGUAUGGAGAAUGAAAAUAGCUUUUAGUGAUCCUGUCUGCAGUUUAUUUUGAUCUUCAGAUAAUCUGCAGUCUUUUUUUCUGCAUCUUUUUUAGACUGAAAAAAGACAUGUUUAGGACUUCUAUGCUGAGAACAUUUGUUUCCUUAUCACCAAAGCAUCCUUUCCAAUGUUGUUCCAAUAGCUUUGUGGGAUAAAAGCCUGGAUGCUAAUCAAGCAUGAGCUAAGUGAUCUGCAGCGAGAUCCACCAGCCCACUGUUCUGCUGGACCUGUUGGAGAUGACUUGUUUCAUUGGCAAGCAACUAUUAUGGGACCUCCUGAUAGUGCAUAUCAAGGGGGAGUAUUCUUUCUCACAGUACACUUCCCAACAGACUAUCCUUUCAAACCACCAAAGAUUGCUUUUACAACAAAAAUAUAUCACCCAAACAUAAACAGUAAUGGGAGUAUUUGUCUUGAUAUCUUGAGAUCACAAUGGUCACCAGCUCUGACUGUUUCUAAAGUUUUAUUGUCCAUAUGCUCCUUACUUUGUGAUCCUAAUCCAGAUGAUCCUUUAGUACCAGAUAUUGCACAGAUCUACAAGUCAGACAAGGAAAAAUACAACAGACAUGCGAGAGAAUGGACUCAGAAAUAUGCAAUGUAAACUUUUGAAGACAUUUUCAUAUACCACAGAGUACUGUAAAUUCUAGGCUUUUUUCAAAAUUAGAAGGAAUUGGAGCACAGUUUAUGGUUUCAAUGUGACGCCCCUUGAAUUUUUUUUCACCCAUGUAAGUGUGUUUCUGGAGCAAGAGAGAACAAACUUCCAAAAAUAACCUUAUGACUUUGAUAAGAAUAUUUAUCCUCUUUGUAUGCUUUGCAGAAGACAUUUAUUAUAGUUUUUAAGAGUUGGACACCUGCAUCUUCAGACUACAAGACCUAUAAUUCAGUUGUAAAUCAAUGAAACUAUUUUUGCUGGAAAAAGUAGCUGUUCUCAUGUGAUGAAUACUGUAUGUGUGUCAUUGAAGUACGUUGUCUGUUUCAUAAGUGUGUUCAAGUUUCUUUUUGUUAGUUCUCUUAUAUAAUUUGUAUUUUUUUACUGUAUAGACUAUUUUAUUUACAAUGUAAGUCAUUUCAGUUUAGACUUGCUUGUGCACAGUAUUGACAAGAUACAACUGCUAAUAGUGAAAAUAAUUGAAGUAUCUCACCCAUUGGAAUAUUCUGAAGACUGACUGCAGACUUCUGAAAACCUACAAUGAUCUUUGCACUGUAAAUCUUUGUAUGCUGAUUAUGGAGAAACACUUGGUUUUGAUUCUGUUGCAUACUUGACUUAAUUUUAUUGCAAUGUGAACUAAUUGCACUGGUAUGUAGAAAGAUACGUAACUAUUUUGUUGCUAAUCACAACUGAUCUGUGAUGUGUGGGCAACAUCAUACUAUCACAGACCUUUUACCAAUCCAGAUGUAGCCUUUUCCAUAUAAAUAAAAUACAUUUUCUACUUUC